GAAAAAGAAUGCCUUUGUUGAUUUAUCAGAAGACCUUUAUUCUGCAAUUGAAAACUUAGAUUGUUCUUGUAAUAUUCAUGAAACAAUUGUCUAUAAUGAUGACUUUCAAAUUGAUAAUCAAGAAAUAUCAAUUGAAAUUAUUAAUUCAAAUAAAAAUCAAAAUAUUA